UCUGCAGGCGAAGCGCCUGCUUUUUCUCUUAUUGUCAAACGACUGUUUAUCGCUGCUGCUGUAGAAAGAACGCUUCGCGUCCAGCCACGUCUUUCCAUAUUGUAAAUGCUCGAAGCACUGUCUCUCCAACUGUAUCCGCCACUCUUUCAUGGCAGUCCACGAUAGCGGGUCAAUAUCGAGUCGGGGGAGGGCGCAGACGACUGUGGCGGUGGCUCUUCUGGUUGCCGCUUGGGCGCUUGUCGCUCUUCGUGUUUGGACGAGAACUUAUGUUAUUUCGAAUUUUGGUUGGGAUGACGCGACCAUGAUUCUUGCGGCUAUCUUCUUCAGCGUGUAUUGCAGUGCGAUGCUUCUGCUCGAAGCAAACGGCGGCGGGACCCAUAUUACGGAUAUCUCAGAUAUGAACCAUUUGAUCAAGUACACCCUCAUGGGCCAAACCACUUAUCUCGUCACUGUCAUGGUGCUCAAAAUCUCCUUAGGAAUAUUCUUCGCCCGCAUUGUCAUCAAGCCAUGGCAGUUAUGGAGCAUCUAUGUCUCCAUGGCUACCAACGCCCUCGCAUCCAUGGCCGCCUUCUGCUAUGUUCUCCUCAGAUGUGGCCCCAAUCUUGACCUCUACAUCUACAAGCAACUCUCAGGCAGCUGCAUGCCCCGAACAGUGGAUCGAGUUUUUGCAUAUUCACAAGCAUCUACUACCACCAUUACCAACUGGGUGUUCGCUAUUCUUCCCAUCUUCGUGCUAUGGAAUGCGCAUAUGGACAUUCGGUCAAAGCUAUCCGUGGGAUUUAUCCUCUCCCUGGCUGGAUUUGGUAGUGUCUGCUCCAUGGUCCGCUUCCAGUACGUCGACGGUUUGACCCAAGUCGACGACUUCUUCUGGAACGCAGCCAACAUCGCCAUCUGGUCCACCAUCGAGCCCGGCGUUGGUAUCAUAGCCGGAUGUCUCGCCACUCUCCGACCUCUGUUAAAACGCUUCGUCACCACCGGACGCUCCAUCCGUAGCUCCACUUCCAGGUCUAUUCGUACUGCAUCUCGAUCCUUGCAAUCGCCUAGCGAGACCUCCUCGACGCAGAGAGGUCCAGGAGGAGGCAAUACCACGCGACCUCCGUCAAGGAAAACAGACUGGUACGAUCGCGCUUUCGAGCUCACAGCUACAGACGCGGUGGUCAAGAAUGCAGAGAGCACGGAGUGCAUAUUACCCAAGCUGGAGUGCGAUGAGACCUGGAGCCCAUCGGCGGAGGUGGCCAUAGAGGAAGCUCAGGAGCGAAGUUCAAUUCACCAUUCGCACAGCGCGCGAACGAGCCAGAGUCGGACCCUCAGCUAUGCUGUUUACUACGAGCCAUCCAUGUCACCGGAUCUAGAGACAGGGGACGGCGUGAAAUGGCAGGCAAGAUGAGUUCGGCUGCUUCUUUUUCCCUGCUUUUUCUGC